AUGACACUGUUCCCAAUGGCAUACUCUUCAAGUUCUGCAAAUCGAAGCUCAAGUGGGCAUAAUAAGAAAAGGAUGUAUUGUUAUUAUGGUUUAAAAACACUCAUAAAGACCUCUUAUACUAAUAGGAACCCUGGCAGAAAGUUCUAUGGCUGCCCAAAUUAUCCAUCACCAACAUGUGAUUUUCAUAUGUGGGAGGAUGAAGAAGUUUCUGAUUACUACAAGCAUUUCAUUUAUGAUCUUAUAUCAGAAGUUAGGCAACAUAGAAAAGUUCGAUCUGCAAUUAAAAAUUCUAGUUUUGGUGUUGACGAUAGAGUUGUGGAGCUGCAGAACAUGGUAUUAGCAAUGUAG